AUUCUUUCUUUUUAUUUAUAUAUAUAUAUAUAUAUAACUACACUUAUCUCGGUCUAACUCUAUACUAUGUCUAAAGCUUCUUCUUUUGUACGUGAAUACAAGCUGGUUAUGGUUGGUGGCGGUGGUGUUGGUAAAUCAGCCUUAACUAUCCAGUUUAUUCAGUCUCAUUUUGUGGAUGAAUAUGAUCCAACAAUUGAAGAUUCAUACCGCAAGCAAUGUGUCAUUGAUUCAGAAACUGCUUUGCUUGAUGUACUUGAUACAGCUGGUCAAGAAGAAUACAGUGCUAUGCGUGAACAAUACAUGAGAAAUGGUGAAGGUUUCUUAUUAGUCUACUCCAUUACAUCCCGUAUGUCAUUUGAAGAAAUCUCAACAUUUUAUCAACAAAUUUGUCGUGUAAAGGAUCGUGAUUAUUUUCCUAUGGUAUUGGUUGGCAACAAGUGUGAUUUAGAGACAGACAGACAAGUGUCUAGUCAAGAAGGCCGAGAUUUAGCAAAGACAUUUGGGUGUCAAUUCAUUGAGACUUCUGCAAAACAAAGAAUUCAUGUUGAUGACGCCUUUUUUGAAGUUGUUCGUGAUAUUCGUAGAUAUAACAAAGAACAAGAAACACGGGGGCAUGAUCAAUUUGGCAUUCAGGAUGCUCCUGAUGUUGCUUCUGACAAGUGUUGUGUCUUGAUGUAAAACACCCUUUUAGUAUUUAUUUAUUCCCUCUAUUUUAGACACAUAUAAUAAAAAUGGAUAAAAAGCAUG